AUGUCUGAGAGACCUUGCAGUCCGGAGCUGUGCAUCCAGGGUUUGCUGACUGCAGUUUCGCUUUGCUGAUGGUGGCAAACAGGGCGGAUGGCCUGCUGCACCGACUGCAGCGUCUGCUGCUGCGGAACUUUCUGCUUCCCCUGCCUGGGCUGCCAGGUGGCCGGGGACAUGAAUGAGUGCUGCCUGUGCGGGACCAGCGUGGCCAUGAGAACCCUCUACCGCACCCGAUACAACAUCCCGGGGUCCAUUUGCUCUGACUUCUGUAUCACCAUGUGGUGCCCCGUGUGCUCCGUUUGCCAAAUUAAGAGAGACAUCAACCGGAGGAGGCAGAUGGGCAUAUUCUGGUAA